GCGACGAAGCGCGCGGCCGCGGCUGUCCCUUCCCCCACCCCUCCGCGCCGGAGGGACCCUAUCGCCGCGGCGCGCUGCCGCCGUCGGUAGUCGCCAUGGGCUCCUCGUGGGAUGACCUGACGCUGGCCUUCUCUCACACGUCUAUGUUCCCCUUUUUUGACAUCGCCCACUACUUAGUGUCGGUGAUGGCAAUGAAGCGUCAGCCAGGAGCAGUAGCAGUAGCACGCAAGAAUCCUGUUUCCAGCUGGUUCACUGCUAUGCUACACUGCUUUGGUGGGGGAAUUUUAUCCUGUUUGCUGCUUGCAGAGCCUCCACUGACGUUUCUUACAAACCACACUAAUGUUUUACUGGCAUCUUCAGUCUGGUAUAUUACAUUUUUUUGCCCGUGUGACCUAGUUUCCCAGGCCUACUCAUUUCUGCCUGUUCAACUCUUGGCUGCUGCAAUGAAGGAAGUGACCAGAACUUGGAAAAUAGUAGGUGGAGUCACACAUGCUAAUAGCUAUUUCAAAAAUGGCUGGAUAGUCAUGAUAGCUAUUGGAUGGGCCAGAGGUGCUGGUGGUGCCAUUUUGACAAAAUUUGAGCAGUUGGUAAAAGGAGAUUGGAAACCAGGAGGUGAUGAAUGGUUGAAGAUGUCCUACCCUUCCAAGUUAACUCUAAUGGGGUCAGUUAUCUUCACGUUCCAGCACACCAACCAUUUGGCAAUAUCAGAGCAUAAUCUUAUGUUCUUUUAUACCGUCUUUCUUGUGACCACAAAGAUAACCAUGAUGAUGACAGAGACAUCUUCUAUGACUGUUGCUCCUUUUGAGGAUACACUAAGUCGAGUGCUGUUCGGUUGGCAGAAACAGUUUUCAUGGUGUGAAACAAAAGCGUCUUACAAUGGCACUGGUUCAUCCGCCUCAAAGUCUACAGCUGAUGCUUCAGAGAAUGUUAAAAAGAAGCAUACUAAGAAGACUGAAUAAAUUUAAUUUACUCGAUGAGCUCUAGAAGGCAAAAAAUUUUUUUCUAUCAGAUUGUGGUAGUAUUUCUAUGUAAAUGAUGUGAAAUAAAGAUUAUAUAUAAGAAAUAGUGACAAAAAUAAACAAAUUCUUUUGUUUCAGGGAGACUACCAUUUUCUUGAUGGUAAUUUUGAGUGUUAAGUGUAUAUCAGGUGAAUUUAUUUUUCUGAUAUUAAAAUUCUCUUAUGACUAGUAUUACAAGUUUUGCAGUACUGAGGAUUGAACUCAGAAGUACUCUGCCACUGAGUUAUAGCCCCAACCUUUAACAUUUUUUUAUUUUUUAAAUUUUGAAACAAGGUUUCUUUAAGUUACCCAGGCUACUGUUAAACAUACUUCUGCUUCAGUCUCCUUAGUAGCUGGGAUUACCAUUGUGUCCAGCUUUUAUGAUUAUUGAACAGUUUUAUAAUAACAGAAGUAGAAUUCUUAGAUCUAGAAAAAGUAUAGCUAUUAUGGCAAAAUUUCAGCAGUUUUAAAAAACCUAGAUAUUUUCAGUUUUUAAAAAUCAAUAUUUUUGAGCUUUAUUCAUUGGAAUUUUAUUUAAUAUUACCAUUAUAAUUUCUUGGUGUAGAAAACAAUUCCUAUUUAAUUUUGAGCACUGCAGUAAAUAUUUCCUAAAGCCGUUUAUAUUAAAAUAAAUCACUAGUUCAUAUUUGUUAUGUAAAUACAAUUUUGUGCACAUUAAAUGGAAAAUACCUGAAAUUUAGUUUUAUUACUAGUAGAACAGUGAAAGCUGUAUUGAGUAUUCGCAGUAUUAAUAUAAGCAUCAAUUUGAAGUCUGUUCAUGCCCUUGUUUUAAAAACUAUUUUUGGUUGUGAAUAUACAAUUUUUAAUAAGUUACUACCUCCAUAUUUUUAUAAUUUUCAGUUUGGAGGUUAGCUUUUUCUCCCUAAAAUACAUUUGUUUUAACUGUAGGGGAAACUGCUCUCCACAUUUUACAUGUUCUUUCUGGCCUUAAUUGGUCUGAAUACAUUGAUGGUGUUGUUUUCAUAGCUCUGUGUGUGUUGGUUACUGGGGACAGAACUCAGGGCCUUCACAACUGAGCUACACCCACAGCCCUUUUAUAAUUUUUUAUUUUGAGACAGCAUCUCACUAAGUUGCUGAGUUACCCUGGCUGGGCUUGAACUUGUGAUUUUCCUGCUUCAGCCUCCUAGAGUCCUGGGAUUAUAGGUUUGCACCACCAUGUGUGGUUUAGUGGUAGUUACCUUAAUGAUUUAACAAAAAAAUAUUAUCUCUUUAAAAUUUUCAUUCUGUGCAUCCUUUCUACUGGCUCUUUUUUUAGUUUUCUGUUUGAAAACGUUUGGUAACUUGUUAUAUUUUAUGUCUUAAUCUAUACACACAUAUAUUAUUGUGUAAAUGCUUGUCUUUAAUGAGAAUUGUCUUUGCACAUUUGCAUCGUGGUAAUCAGCUAACAUUGAAGAAGCGGAAACUGAAACCUCAUACGGUCGUCUGCUUGAAUGAAGAAUAAUGACAUUAAAUCUGGCUUCUUAUUGGCAAUAAAAAGGAAACAGCAAAGGGUACUAAAUGUUACAUUUUCAUGCUUUAUUGUAUUUAAAAGUACAGUUAUGACGUAAAAACUCUGUGACAUGAUUUCUUAUACCAAGACCACCUACUACCUGUAUCAGGUAUUUUUGGAUGGGUUAGAAUUACCAAGUCAUAUUCAAAUGGAAAGUUUUUUAUUUCUCAAAUUUUAACAUAUAAACACCAGCAGGUAUCACAUUUUACUUGUCUAAGUAAAUGUGUGUGGGGGGUGGGGUACUUGUAAUAAAUUUGGAAUGCUAAGAAGUUGAUAUUUAAUAUUGUGACAGCUUUAAAUUGAGUUCUGUAUUUGACAUACUUAUUAAAAACUUUUCCAAGAUAAUAUGUAUUGACCAGUUUUAAAGUUUGAAUUUAACUGUAGUCAAAAUAGAAGAAUCUUGUUUUAUUCUUGUAUUAAAGACAUAUUCAUUAAAAUAUGUUAUUUAGCACCA